CAACCCGUAAGCUUCGGGUAAUAAAUGUUGCUGUUCCCCGUUGGAACCCUGGCCUGUCAGUCCCUGAACGAGACACAACACUGGCGACGAGGAUGGGAUGAAAAAAUCGAGAAGCAGCGAGCAGUUGGUUGAAGCGACAAUGCAGUCUGCAGGGCAGCUGGGCCAGAUGGAGUCGUUCGACGUUACUGAAAGCGACUGGACGGCAUACAAGGAGAGGUUGACAUCUUUUUUGAUUGUCAACAAGGUUCCCGACAGCGACAAGGUACACGCAUUCCUCAGCAUCAUCGGACCGCGUACGUAUGGGUUGCUGAAGUCGUUGGCUACGCCGGACCUGCCGUCGGAAAAAAGUUUUGAACAACUGAAGAGCCUCUUGGAUGCACAUCUUGCCCCAAAGCCGUCCAUAAUCGGGGAGCGAGCGAAGUUUUACCGAAGAACACAGAGCGAAGGCGAGUCUCUGCCCGAAUAUGUUGCGGAACUUCGGAAGUUGGCCCAGAGUUGUCAGUUUGGAGCGAAUUUGGACGAAGCGCUGCGGGAUCGUUUCGUUUGUGGACUACUGCGAGAGGACGUGCAGCGCGUACUCUUUACCGAGGACGACAAACUGACGUUCCCGAAAGCAGUCGAGCGCGCCCUGGCAAUGGAAGCAGCCCGGAAAAAUGUCGCCGAGACUAGAGUCGUGGUGUCAAUGACCACACAGCUGCACCAAAUGGAGGGAGAAGGUAAUUAUGCCCCUGCUGAUCUGUACGAGGCGCAAGCGAUUGCCGGUAGGCAGCUACAGGCUUGUUAUCGCUGCGGUUCUCAGAGCCACACGCAUUCACUGUGCCCGUACGUUAAGGAGACGUGCUAUAAGUGUGGAAAGAAGGGGCAUAUUCAAAGGGCCUGUCGCAGCAACAGGCAAUCUUUUGGCGGGCAUCAGCAGAAACGGAGUGUGAAAACGCUGAAAGUGGUGACGCAGGUGCCACCCAUGGGCGUUUCGGAACAAGUGUCUUCUUGUCGCACUACUAUUUUUGUUGGACUAAAGAUAAAUGGAGCACUAGUGGAAAUGAAACUUGACACGGGAGCCGCGGUGUCUAUCAUGCCUUACAAGCAGUUCAAGCAGCAGGUCCCUUCAGCUAGCUGCGAACCAACCGACAUCGUCCUGCGCACCUAUACCGGAGCGCUCGUCCAACCUUGCGGCGUGGCGGUCGUCAGUGUGCAGCACGGCGAACAGACGGCGAAACUACCACUCUACCUCGUCGAUCAAGCAGGACCACCGCUGCUAGGGCGUGAAUGGCUGCACACAGUACGGCUAGACUGGAACCAGAUUUGGGGCCUCAACCACGUCUCAAGGUCAGUGUUCGACUUGUCUUCCCGAAUGAAGGAAAGGCUAGAGACGUUGCUUGCAAAAUACAAAAUGCUGUUCAAGGAUGAGCUAGGCGCUAUUACAGACGAAAGGGCCGAGCUGUUUUUCAAAGCCGACCACCGGCCGAGAUUCCUAAAAGCAAGGAAUGUGCCAUUCGCAUUGCAGUCAGCAGUAGAAAUAGAGAUAGAAAAAUUGGUUCAGCUGGGAAUACUCACACCCGUGAAUACAUCAGAAUAUGCCACGCCCGCCGUCCCUGUGGUAAAGAAAGAUGGAAGCAUACGCCUAUGUGGGGAUUAUAAGACAACGAUAAAUCCUUCACUGGACAUCACACACUAUCCGCUGCCUAAAAUCGAUGAUCUAUUGGCUGCGUUGGCCGGGGUAAUGCAUUUUACUAAAAUAGAUCUCAACAGGGCAUACCAACAAGUACUCAUGGCGGAAGAGUCGAAGAAGUACCUAACUUUGAACACGCAGAAAGGGCUGUUCGUAGUCAACAGGCUACCCUUCGGAAUAGCGUCAGCGCCAGGUAUUUUUCAGAAAAUAAUGGACACAAUGCUGAAGGGCCUAAACGGAGUUUGUUGUUAUCUUGAUGACAUAUUGGUCACGGAAAAAAACGCUGAAGAACACAUGAUAAACCUAGAAGCACUCUUGAGACGUUUGCUGGAGCGAGGCGUCAGAAUAAAGAAAGAAAAAUGUGCGUUCUUUCAAAAUGAGCUGUUACCUGGCGCACAAAAUCAGUGCAGCAGGAAUAUCUGCGUCACCAGAGAAAAUUGA